AUGGCAGCUGUUCAGUCGCUUUAUCAUUCUUACCCGGUGGCGGUGCUUCUCCGGGCUCGCCCAGGCAAUCAGCGCGCCAGAGAAGGAAUCCACCGGUGCCAGAAGGAAGCCAUAGAGAAAACCGAGGAACAGGUGAUCCCCGGCAAUCUCUAUGACUCUGAGACCCAGGCGCGACGUUAUGACGGUCCUGAGGAACCUCAGACUGUGAGGGACGGUGCCGUCCUUCCAACAGAGAAGAGGAUUUCCUGUACUGAGUGUGGGAAGAGUUUCCAUUCUAAAUCCAGACUUAAUGAGCAUAAAAUCUCUCACACAGGUGAGAAGCCACAUUCCUGCCUUGAGUGCGGGAAAUGUUUUUCACAAAAGUCCGGUCUUUACAGACAUCAGAAAUCUCACACGGGGGAGAAACCGUAUUCCUGUCCUGAGUGUGGGAAAUGUUUUUCAGACAAGUCUGAAUUUAACAAACAUCAGAGAGUUCAUACAGGUGAGAAGCCGUAUUCCUGUCCUGAGUGCGGAAAAUGUUUUUCACAUAAGUCCAAUCUUUAUAUUCAUCAGAGAUUGCACAAAGGUGAGAAGCCAUAUUCCUGUCCUGAGUGCGGUAAAUGUUUUGCACAGAAGGCCAAUUUUUUCAAUCAUCAGAGAUUGCACAAAGGUGAGAAGCCGUAUUCCUGUCUUGAGUGCGGAAAAUGUUUUUCACAGAAGUCCAAUUUUUAUAUUCACCAGAGAUUGCACAAAGGUGAAAAGCCGUUUCCCUGUCCUGAGUGCGGGAAAUGUUUUUUAAACCAGUCUCAUCUUUACAGACAUCAGAGAUCUCAUACGGGGGAGAAGCCGUAUUCCUGUCCUGAGUGCAGUAAAUGUUUUGCAGAGAAGUACAAUCUUAACAUACAUCUAAGGUCUCACACAGGGGAGAAGCCGUAUUCCUGUCCUGAGUGCGGGAAAUGUUUUUCAGUGAAGUACAGUCUUGACCAACAUCAGAGAUCUCACACGGCUGAACAGUGGAUAGCAGGAAUUCAGGGACUAAGACUCCUAAAACGGGGGCAAAUUCCUCAAAAAAGGCUCCUAAAGCAUCACCAUCAGUCUCUGAGGUUCCUGGUCAUGACUCCGCAGUGCCAGCCUCUCCAGAAGUACCAGAUGUGGCUGACCAAGGUGUUUACAAAGGUUCUGGCCCCGCUCCUGGAAAGGCUAAGGGCUCAGGGCAUCACAACUAUAGCUUAUCUGGACGAUCUCCUGUUGGUGGAUCAGUUGAUAGACUGUUUGAACCAGUCUGUGGUCAGCACAGUCAAGUUUCUGAGAUACUUGGGUUGGAUUCUUAAUUUUAGAGAAGUCAUCCCUGCGAUCGACUGUUAUAAACAAUAUCCUUUCCGCUUGGAACAAGAAUAUCCAAGCUCUCGAUUUGCCAAUGUAUCUUACCUCAUGGGUGCGUCAGAGCCUCAGUUGGUGGUUGAUGUCCAUAAAUCUGCAGAACGGGAAAGUCUUUCUUUCCUGUGGCCUGAAAGGUGUUCAGCAACUACCGUGGCUUCUUCGCAGGAUCAAGGUAGAAGGAAGGCCAGUGGUUCUUGUAGUUCCGGCCUGGCCCAGAAGGUCCUGGGUGAAGAUCUGAUACAUAUAAAAAUUGAGAGUCAAGCAAAAGAAGAAGAGAGGUAUGAGGAACCUCAGACUGUGAGGGACGGUGCCGUCCUUCCAACAGAGAAGAGGUUUUCCUGUACUGAGUGCGGGAAGAGUUUCAAUUUUAAAUGCAAUCUUAAUGUGCAUAAAAGAACUCACACAGGGGAGAAGCCGUAUUGCUGCCCUGAGUGCGGGAAAUGUUUUUCAGAUCAGUCCAGUCUUUACAGACAUCGGAAAUCUCACACGGGGGAGAAGCCGUAUUCCUGUCCUGAGUGUAGUAAAUGUUAUUUAUUUAAUUCGCAGCUUGUCACACAUCUGAGGUCUCACACGGGGGAGAAGCCGUUUCCCUGUCCUGAGUGUGGGAAAUGUUUUUCAGAUACGAUUUAUCUUUCCAGACAUCAGAGAUUGCAUGAAAGUGAGAAGCCGUAUUCCUGUCCCGAGUGUGGAAAAUGUUUUGUAAAAAAAUCACAACUUGUCUCACAUCAGAGAUCUCACACGGGUGAGAAGCCGUAUUCUUGUCCUGAGUGUGGGAAAAGUUUUUCAGAUAAGUCAUAUCUUUCCAAACAUCAGAGAUUGCACACAGGUGAAAAGUCGUAUUCCUGUCCUGAGUGCGGAAAAUGCUUUUUAAAAAAAUCAGGACUUGUUAAACAUCAGAGAUCUCAUACGGGGGAAAAGCCAUAUUUAUGUCCUGAGUGCGGAAAAUGUUUUUCAGAGAUGUCCAAUUUUUAUAAUCAUUUGAGAAUGCACACAGGAGAGAAGCCAUAUUUAUGUUCAGAGUGCGGGAAAUGUUUUGUACAAAAAUCAAACCUUGUCACACAUCAAAGGACUCACACAGGGGAAAAACCGUAUUCUUGUUCUGAGUGCGGGAAAUGUUUUUCAGACCAGUCCUCCCAUUACAGACAUCAGAGAUGGCAUGCGGGCGAAAAGCCAUUUUCUUGUCCCGAGUGUGGGAAAAGUUUUGUACAAAAAUCUGAACUUGUCACACAUCAGAGAUCUCACACGGGGGAAAAGCCGUUCGCCUGUUCUGAGUGCGAGAAAUGUUAUAUUCAAAAAUCACUACUUGUCGUACAUCAGAGAUCUCACACGGGGGAAAGGCCGUUUUGCUGUACCGAGUGCGGGAAAGGUUUUUCAAAGACGUCCAAUCUUUAUAGACAUCAGAGAUCUCACACAGGGGAGAAGACACUUUCCUGUCCUGAGUGAGGGAAUUUUUUUGUAGACACCUUUGUUUCAUUCAUCAGGCAUGGCUUCAUAAAUAUUACAAGCUCCAUGCAGCUUGUGGUUCCAGCGUUCACCCUUCUGUCUCCACGGUGCCGCCGCUGUGGCAGGACAACUUGACAAUCCCCUGUGGGAUCCUUCACACAGCCCACCCAGGCACAGACUGUCUCCCUGAAUACGUCCUGUGAUUUGAACCUGUCACUAUGUUUUUAUGUACACCUAAUAAACUUUCUUACACUA